CUCCGAGAGUAAUGAAUGGCAUGAGCAUUGCUUUACUAUUUUUGACAAGCCAUAUCAAUGCGCUACCUUGGAACAUACGCUACCUAAUAUCGGUUUGAACUUUUAUUCACAUUUAUUCACUAGGCAUAAACCAGACAAGGAGAAGAAGAAGACCGAGUUGGACUAAUUAGUCUACUACUAACUCGAAUCAAUAACCUAACUGCAAACUGACACAAGCUUCUACAUUUUCAUAUUUGUCAAUCCGAAAGGGAUCUUGCUUCUGGACAUGUGAAUCAAAGGAGUUACUGCGAACCUCUGAAAAUGAAGCUACUAGCAUCGGUUCUGUGUUGCUUGGGCUUUCUGCUCACUUCUGCGCUGUUUCGGAGGAUCUCUUCACAAGCAGUAUGCGCCGGCACAGAGAACAAGCUGAGUACUCUGUCAGACCUGGAGCAGCAGUACCGCACCCUAAGGAAGUAUUAUGAGAACUGUGAGGUGGUGAUGGGGAACCUGGAGAUCACCAGCAUCGAUCGCUCCAGAGACCUCUCCUUCCUCAGGUCUAUCCGUGAGGUGACAGGCUAUGUGCUGGUGGCUCUGAACCAGUUUGACUACCUGCCGCUGGAGAACCUGAGGAUCAUCAGAGGAACUAAGAUGUAUGAAGACCGCUACGCUCUGGCGAUCUUCCUCAACUACCGCAGAGAUGGGAACUUUGGCCUGCGCCAGCUGGGACUGAGGAACCUCACAGAGAUCCUACAGGGUGGUGUCUAUGUCGACCAGAAUAAGUUCCUGUGCCACGCAGACACCAUCCACUGGCAAGACAUCGUCAAGAACGCCCGCGUCAGCCCUCUGGUUGUGCCAACCAAUAGCAGUGUUACAUGUCAGAAGUGUCACGUCUCCUGUAAUGGUCGCUGCUGGGGCCCAAAGGAGGACCAGUGUCAGACCUUGACUAAAACAGUGUGUGCUGAGCAGUGUGACGGUCGCUGUUUCGGACCCUGGGUCAGUAACUGCUGCCAUCGCGAGUGUGCAGGAGGAUGCUCCGGACCCAAGGAUACGGACUGCUUCGCUUGCACCAACUUCAACGACAGCGGGGCGUGUGUGACCCAGUGCCCCCAGCCUCAUGUAUACAACCCCACCACCUUCCAGCUGGAAAGCAACCCCAGAGCCAAGUACACCUACGGAGCCUUCUGCGUCAAGAAGUGCCCACAUAACUUUGUGGUGGACCACAGCUCCUGUGUGAGGGCUUGUCCCAGCAACAAGAUGGAAGUAGAAAAUGACCGCAUCAAGAUGUGCAUCGCCUGCACUGAUAUCUGUCCAAAAGCCUGUGAUGGUAUAGGUACAGCCAGUCUGCAGUCAGCCCAGACUGUGGACUCCAGCAACAUAGACAAGUUCACCAACUGUACCAAGAUAAAUGGAAACCUGGUCUUCCUCAUCACUGGCAUUAAAGGGGAUGUGUACCACAACAUUGAGGCUCUGGAUCCAGAGAAACUGAAUGUGUUUCGGACUGUUAGGGAGAUUACAGGUUUCCUGAACAUCCAGUCGUGGCCAGAGAACAUGACAGACCUGAGUGUCUUCUCCAAUUUGGCAACCAUAGGAGGUAGAGCACUGUACAGUGGUAUCUCUCUCCUAGUGUUGAAGCAGCGGUGGAUCUCGUCCCUCCAGCUCCAGUCCCUGAAUGAGAUCAGUGCUGGUAAUGUGUACAUCACCAAUAACAGUCAGCUGUGCUACUACAACACCGUCAACUGGACCGGCCUAUUCAGAGCCAACAACCAGAAGGUCCUCAUACGGAACAACAGAGACCCCAAAGAGUGUACUACUGAGCGGAUGGUGUGUGACCCUCUGUGUUCGGACGCUGGCUGCUGGGGGCCGGGACCAGACCAGUGCCUGGCCUGUCGCUACUUCAGCCGGGGACGCAUCUGUGUGGACACCUGCAACCUCUAUGAAGGGGAGGUGCGUGAGUAUGCCAACGGCUCGGUGUGUGUGGAGUGUGAUUCCCAGUGUGAGAGAGCAGACGAUUACUCUCUGACCUGUCAUAGCCCGGGUCCGGAUCACUGUGUGAAGUGUCUCCACUUUAAAGAUGGUCCUAACUGUGUGGAGAAGUGUCCCGACGGCCUUCAGGGGGCCAUCAGCUUCAUCUUUAAAUAUGCAGAGGCCAACAACGAGUGUCAUCCCUGUCACUCCAACUGCACGCAGGGGUGUAUUGGACCCAGACUGCAGGACUGUAUUGGCAUGAUGGACAGGACUCCCUUGAUUGCUGCCGGGGUGAUAGGGGGCCUCUUCGUUGUGGUCAUUGUGGCUCUGAGUGUAGCCGUGUCUGUCCGCAGGAAGAGCAUCAAGAAGAAGAGAGCCCUGCGACGCUUUCUCGAGACAGAGCUGGUGGAGCCCCUGACACCUAGUGGUACAGCCCCUAACCAGGCCCAGCUCCGCAUCCUCAAAGAGACUGAACUCAAGAGGGUCAAGAUACUGGGCUCGGGGGCCUUCGGCACCGUCUACAAGGGUAUCUGGGUGCCAGAGGGUGAGACAGUGAAGAUCCCGGUCGCCAUCAAGAUCCUGAACGAGGCAACGGGACCCAAGGCUAACGUGGAGUUCAUGGAUGAGGCUCUGAUCAUGGCUAGCAUGGAGCACCCCCACCUGGUCCGUCUCCUGGGGGUCUGCCUGAGCCCCACCAUCCAGCUGGUCACCCAGCUCAUGCCCCACGGCUGUCUGCUCGACUACGUCCAUGAACACAAGGACAACAUCGGCUCCCAGCUGUUGCUCAACUGGUGUGUUCAGAUCGCCAAGGGUAUGAUGUAUCUGGAAGAGCGGAGACUGGUGCACAGGGACUUGGCUGCCCGUAACGUGCUGGUCAAGUCCCCCAACCACAUCAAGAUCACUGACUUUGGUCUGGCUCGGUUGCUGGACGUCAAUGAGAAGGAGUACAACGCUGACGGGGGCAAGAUGCCAAUCAAGUGGAUGGCCUUGGAGUGUAUCCACUACAGGAAGUUUACACACCAGAGUGAUGUCUGGAGCUACGGGGUGACCAUUUGGGAAUUGAUGACAUUUGGGGGGAAGCCCUAUGAUGGCAUCCCGACCCGGGACAUUCCAGACCUGCUGGAGAAAGGAGAGCGUCUUCCCCAACCUCCCAUCUGCACCAUAGAUGUAUACAUGGUCAUGGUCAAAUGUUGGAUGAUAGAUGCAGACAGCAGGCCCAAGUUCAAGGAGCUAGCUGCAGAGUUCUGUAGGAUGGCCCGGGACCCUCAGCGUUAUCUGGUCAUCCAGGGUGAUGACCGUAUGAAGCUGCCCAGCCCCAAUGACAGUAAGUUCUUCCAGAGCCUGCUGGAUGAGGAGGAGCUGGAGGAUCUGAUGGAUGCUGAGGAGUACCUGGUUCCUCACGCCUUUAAUAUCCCACCGCUGGCGUACACACCCAGGACACGUGUUGACUCCAACAGGAACCAGUUUUUGUACCAAGACCCUAGUUUCGGCAUGGAAGACAUGUUGGGUACCAUGGGGACCAUCCCAUCGGGCCCCCAGGGGACCCGUCUGUAG